UCAACCGUUGAAGAAAGCGCUUUUUUUCACAAUUCUCCAAACCCACCCUUUUAUUUAUUUUUCAAAAACGUCGCCGUCGCCGUUAACCUACCUCUCUCUCUUCUUUCUUCUUUCUUCUUUCUUCUUUCUCUCCUCCGUUCUUCUUUUCUCUCUCCAUCCAAAUUCCAAAUUCCAAAUUCCAAACUCAAAAAAAGCAAACAAAAAAAUAAUGGAAAGAGUUGUUUCAACUUUGAAGAAAAGAAGAGAAAAGAAAUACUACUAAUAAAGAAGAAGCUUCGACAACGCCUAGUCCGAGUCAAAUCACUCAACUCCCCGCCUUCUUUGACUGAGUCAUCAACUCGCUCCUCCCCUCCAUUUCCACUGUAACAGCAGGAGAGAAAAAAUACACACCAACUCCAAAGAUCUGCUCAAUCUCUCACUCACUUUACUAAAACAACAACAACAACAACAAUAAGUUAUUUAUUUAAUUAAAAAGUAAAGUGUGUGUUGUUGUUAAAUCCCACCCUGUAUUUUAAUUAAUUAAUUAAAAAGAAUGAAUAUAUCAAGGGGGUUGUUUGGGUGGUCCCCACCACAUAUACAACCUUUAACGCCGGUGUCGGAAGUAUCAGAGCCGCCGGAGUCGCCGUCACCGUACAUGGAUAUGAAUCCAGAAGCGGCGGCUGCGGCAGCGGCAGAGAUGGAUGAGGAAAUGGAUGAAGAUGGAGAAGAUGAGAUCGAGCCGCCACCGGCAGCUGUUCCUUUCUCUCGUUUAUUUGCUUGUGCCGACCGCCUUGAUUGGUUUCUCAUGGCGCUUGGAUCCAUUGCUGCUGCUGCUCAUGGCACUGCUCUUGUUGUUUACCUUCAUUAUUUUGCUGAGAUUAUUCAGCUUCUUUCUUUGACGUCGUCUGUUUCUUCUGAGGACUUGCAUACUAGGUUCAUUCAGCUUGCUUUAAGGAUUGUCUAUAUUGCUGCAGGUGUUUUUGCUGCAGGGUGGAUUGAGGUCACCUGUUGGAUUCUUACUGGAGAACGACAGACUGCUGUAAUUAGGUCCAAGUAUGUGCAAGUCUUGCUGAAUCAGGAUAUGAGUUUUUUCGACACAUAUGGGAAUAAUGGAGACAUAGUUAGUCAAGUCUUGAGUGAUGUGCUGCUUAUUCAAUCAGCAUUGAGUGAAAAGGUUGGGAAUUAUAUCCACAAUAUGGCGACAUUUUUCAGCGGUCUUGUUGUUGGAUUUAUCAAUUGUUGGCAGAUUGCCCUCAUAACUUUAGCAACUGGGCCAUUCAUUGUUGCUGCGGGAGGAAUUUCAAAUAUAUUUCUUCACAGGCUCGCAGAGAAUAUCCAGGAUGCAUAUGCAGAAGCAGCAAGCAUAGCUGAGCAGGCUGUGUCUUACAUUAGAACAUUAUAUGCGUUCACCAAUGAGACGCUGGCCAAGUAUUCUUAUGCAACAUCACUUCAAGCAACUCUCAGAUAUGGUAUAUUAAUAAGUCUUGUGCAAGGGCUGGGGCUUGGGUUUACAUAUGGAUUGGCAAUUUGCUCUUGUGCGCUGCAGCUUUGGGUAGGAAGAUUUUUGGUGACUCAUGGAAAAGCUCAUGGUGGUGAAAUAAUUGCAGCACUCUUUGCUGUGAUUUUGAGCGGCCUUGGGCUAAAUCAAGCAGCAACAAACUUCUAUUCGUUUGAGCAAGGGCGUAUUGCUGCUUACAGACUUUUUGAAAUGAUAAGCCGUUCAUCCUCUGCUACAGAUUAUGAGGGGAAUACUUUACCUUCUGUUCAGGGUAACAUUGAGUUUCGAAAUGUGUAUUUCAGCUAUCUGUCUCGUCCAGAGAUACCUAUUUUAAGUGGGUUUUACCUCACUGUUCCUGCUAAAAAGGCUGUUGCACUUGUUGGAAGAAAUGGGUCGGGGAAAAGCAGUAUAAUUCCUCUCAUGGAGCGUUUUUAUGAUCCUACAUUAGGGGAAGUCCUCCUUGAUGGUGAGAAUAUAAAGAAUCUCCAACUGGAAUGGCUAAGAAGUCAAAUUGGUCUAGUUACACAGGAACCUGCUUUGUUGAGUUUGAGUAUCAAAGAAAAUAUCGCUUAUGGACGGACUGUUACACCAGAUCAAAUUGAAGAAGCUGCUAAAAUAGCACAUGCACAUACUUUUAUCAGUUCACUUGAGAAAGGAUAUGAUACACAGGUUGGUCGAGCUGGCUUGGCAUUGACAGAAGAGCAGAAGAUCAAGCUCUCAAUUGCAAGGGCAGUGCUCUCUAAUCCGUCUAUUCUUCUCCUUGACGAGGUCACAGGCGGACUUGAUUUUGAAGCUGAAAAAGCUGUUCAAGAGGCAUUGGAUCUUCUUAUGUUAGGACGUUCAACGAUAAUAAUUGCUAGACGGCUUAGUUUAAUCAGAAAUGCUGAUUACAUUGCUGUCAUGGAGGAGGGUCAACUUGUUGAAAUGGGUACACAUGAUGAAUUAAUAAACUUGGAUGGUCUAUAUGCUGAACUUCUUAAAUGUGAAGAGGCAGCCAAACUUCCAAGGAGAAUGCCAGUAAGGAAAUACAAAGAUGGAUCAACUUUCCAAAUUGAGAAUGACUUAUCUGCAAGCCACAAUUUCCAAGAAUCAUCCUCUCCAAAAAUGGCCAAAUCACCAUCUCUUCAGAGAGUUUCUGGUGGUCACGCCUUUCGGGUGUCGGAUGCUGCUUUCAGUUCUCUAGAGUCACCAAAAGUCAAAAGUCCACCUUCUGAGCAGUUGAGGGAAAAUGGUAAUGGUAAUUUAUUAGACGGUGCAGACAAGGAACCAUCUAUUACAAGGCAGGACAGUUUUGAAAUGAGAUUGCCAGAGCUACCAAAAAUUGAUGUUCAAGCUGCACGACGACAAACCUCUAACGCGUCAGAUCCUGAAUCCCCUGUUUCACCACUUUUAACAUCUGAUCCCAAAAAUGAACGUUCCCAUUCACAGACUUUUAGUCGCCCUAAUAGUGAUAUUGAUGACAUGCCAAUAACAGUGAAAGAUAUGAAGGAUUCACAAAACCGUAAGCCACCAUCAUUUUGGAGGCUAGUUGAACUUAGCCUUGCAGAAUGGCUUUAUGCAGUCUUGGGGAGCAUUGGUGCUGCCAUUUUUGGUUCCUUCAACCCUCUUCUUGCUUAUGUCAUUGCAUUAAUAGUAACAACUUACUACAGAUUUGCUGAAGGUCACCAUCUACGGCAUGAGGUUGACAAAUGGUGCUUGAUCAUAGCAUGCAUGGGCAUUGUGACAGUGGUCGCCAACUUCUUGCAACAUUUCUACUUUGGUAUCAUGGGGGAGAAAAUGACUGAACGUGUAAGGAGGAUGAUGUUUUCAGCCAUGCUGCGAAAUGAAGUUGGAUGGUUUGAUGAUGAGGAGAAUAGUGCUGAUACCUUAUCAAUGCGGUUGGCAAAUGACGCAACAUUUGUUCGGGCUGCUUUUAGUAACCGCCUCUCUAUCUUUAUACAAGAUAGUGCUGCAGUAAUAGUUGCUCUUCUCAUUGGAAUGUUGCUACAAUGGCGAUUAGCCUUGGUGGCUCUAGCAACACUUCCAGUUCUCACCAUUUCUGCAGUUGCCCAGAAAUUGUGGCUUGCUGGAUUUUCUAGGGGAAUUCAAGAAAUGCACAGAAAAGCAUCAUUGGUCCUCGAGGAUUCAGUCAGAAAUAUCUACACAGUCGUGGCUUUUUGUGCGGGGAACAAGGUGAUGGAGCUCUACAGAAUGCAAUUGAAAAAAAUACUCAGGAAGAGUUUUCUUCACGGGAUGGCAAUUGGUUUUGGCUUUGGCUUUUCUCAGUUUCUCCUUUUUGCCUGUAAUGCUCUUCUUCUGUGGUACACGGCAUUAUCAGUCAAGAAUCAAUAUAUGGAUCUCUCUACAGCUCUCAAGGAAUACAUGGUAUUCUCCUUUGCCACCUUUGCUCUGGUAGAGCCAUUUGGUUUAGCUCCUUACAUUCUUAAACGUCGGAAGUCUCUCAUCUCUGUAUUUGAAAUCAUCGAUCGUGUGCCUAAAAUUGAACCAGAUGAUUCCACCGCCCUCAAACCUCCUAAUGUCUAUGGAAGCAUAGAGUUUAAGAAUAUCGAUUUUUGUUAUCCAACACGUCCAGAAAUUUUAGUGCUGAGCAAUUUCAGUCUUAAAGUUGGUGGUGGUCAAACUGUUGCUGUAGUUGGGGUUUCAGGUUCUGGAAAGAGCACUAUAAUCUCCCUGAUAGAGAGAUUUUACGACCCUGUUGCUGGUCAGGUUUUCCUUGAUGGGAGGGAUCUGAAGCAGUUUAACUUGAGAUGGUUGAGGAGCCAUCUAGGUGUUGUUCAGCAGGAACCUGUAAUAUUCUCGACUACAGUUAGGGAAAAUAUCAUAUAUGCAAGGCAUAAUGCUAGUGAAGCUGAAGUGAAAGAGGCAGCUAGGAUUGCAAACGCCCACCAUUUUAUCAGUAGCUUGCCUCAUGGCUAUGACACCCAUGUUGGUAUGAGAGGUGUAGAUUUGACUCCUGGACAGAAACAGCGAAUAGCUAUUGCUAGGGUGGUGCUGAAAAACGCACCCAUUUUGCUGUUAGAUGAGGCAAGCUCUGCUAUUGAGUCAGAAUCAAGUAGAGUAGUACAGGAAGCCCUGGAUACACUAAUUAUGGGAAAUAAAACAACUAUUCUCAUAGCUCACCGAGCUGCUAUGAUGAGACAUGUUGACAACAUUGUUGUACUUAAUGGUGGUCGCAUAGUUGAGGAAGGGGCACAUGAUGCUUUGGUGGCAAAGAACGGGUUGUAUGUUCGGUUAAUGCAGCCCCAUUUUGUUAAGGGACGUCGUCACAAUCGACUAGCUUAAAUUGGAACU